AAUUGAAUGUACGGCGAUCGGACUUGUUAUGUAGAGUGAAUAAUAGACGUUGGAAAUGGCUGAGGCGAGUGCACUGAACACCGUCUUGCGAGUCAAUACAAACGAUUUGGUGGCAAAGAAUGUCGACAAAAAUAUCAAGGAAGAAGUGGAAGUGCAGGUAAAGCGCGAGCCCCACGAUUGCGCCGUGUGCACGAACCCCAGCCAUGAUACUGUCGACAUAUACGCCGUGAACACUUCGUGUGGUACUCGACUAACCAAUUUCCUGUCGAAGUAUACUCAGAACGAUUUUGCGGCGAGCAGCUCCAAGCAAGUGUGCAAGAACUGCUUCGAUUUGAUCGAUGUGCUCGAACAAGCAGAGUUGGAAUACUUGAAAUUAAAGGAGUCUUUUGAGGCGAUACUCAGCAAGAACCCCUUGUUCGACAGUACUUCGGCGACAGCACAUGUGGCGCCGGUCAAGUGCGAAGCGAGUGAUGUAUAUGACGCGCCGGUGCACCGGGGCGACUCGGAUGACGAGCCCCUUGUGGUCACAAAAAAUAAGAGACAUAGGAAAUUCAUCACGAGGAAAAAGAAAGUUCAGAGUCAUGCAAAGCGUAAACCACAAAUAAAAAAGGGUAACAAAUACAGUUGGGAAACAGUGGUGGAAGUAGAAAAAGUAGAGCCAAAGUCCAUACUGCCUGAUGUCACAAAUGAAGACUCAAUCGAAGGUUCUGAAAGUUCCCACGGCCUGGAAAGCGUAUUUAAGAUGGAGAUAGACGAUGAUGAGAGCUCCACAUUCUGCCCUGAAGAGAUGAAUGGUCGCCAGCGGCGUGCUGGAGUAGCUGGGAAGGCAAGAAGGAACACUAGGAAAAAGAAAAAUGAAAGAGUAGUGCACCAGUGCGAUCAAUGUGAUGCCAAGUAUACUUCUAUCAGACGAUUUGAGGCACACUUGGAGAAGCAUUCAGAUGGCAAACCACCUUACAUUUGUGAAGUGUGUGGUGCCCACUACAAACACAAACGCGCAUGUGACAUCCAUGUGGCAUUACACAAAGGAAUCAGUGAUUGGAAAUGUGAAGAGUGCAAUAAAUUAUUCCCAUCCAAGGGUGCAUUGCAGCGUCAUAACAACAUACACACAGGAAAGUUAAACUAUCAGUGCGACCUGUGCGGGAAGUCGUUCAUCCACACGUCGUCGUUCAAGAUGCACAAGCUGUCGCACUCGGGCGUGAAGCCGCACGCCUGCGACGUGUGCGGCCUGGCGCUGAUGACGCGCAGCCACCUCAAGCGGCACAAGCGGAUCCACUCCGGCGAGAAGCGCCACGAGUGCGGCGUCUGCGGGAAGCGCUUCUCCGAGCGGUACAACAUGCUGGCGCACAGCAAGAUGCACGAGAGCGCGGGCGAGGCGCCGGCGCAGCCCCCGCCGCAGCCGCGCCGGCGCCUGUUCCGCUGCGCCUUCUGCGCCGAGCGCUUCGAGCGCCGCUACAUGCUGGAGCGGCACUCGUCGGCCGUGCACGGCCGGGCGCUGGAGCGCGCGCCCGCCACGCCGCGCAACACCAUGAGCAAGCUGCUCAAGGCGCAGGCGCAGGCGCGCGCGCAGCAGGCCCCCGCCGCCCCCGCCGCCGCCGCCGCCCCCGCCGCCGCCGACGCCAAGGACAAGCUGCUCGCGUCGUCGGCGCUGGCGGCCGGCUCCUGGUCCGGCGCCUACGCGGCCGAGUUCGGGCUGCGCCACGAGUUCCCGCACUAGCCGCCCGCCGCCGAGGACUUCGCCACUCCGCCGGCCGGCGACGGUGCCCGGUUGCGAUUCGGGGGCCUUAAGCGGGAAAGAGUCGCUCCUUCUCGAAUAUUCAAAUUGAAACCUAGCGGGUUGGCCGAAAGGUCCGUGCGGUUGUCUUUUUUCUUUAAAUGUUACGUUGUCAGUGGUCGUUUUCAAAAUAAUGAGGUAAAAUAGUAAAUUUGUAAUUCGUGAAAAUGCCCAGAACCGGCGAAUCGUAAGCGCGCAUCCCCACAAAGCCAGUAUCCCUUCAGAUUUUCAAUCCUUUCGACUUUCACAAAUUCUUUGAAUGGACGCGACUUAUAAUGAAGAGGCCAGCGAACGACACUAAAAACUUUAUUUGUACAGAAUUUUUAUUAUAUAAGAUUACCCGAAAGAUGACAAAAAUUACAGAUCAACAUGGUCAAUUUUUAAUAUUUUACGUAUACUACAAAUAACAAAUGGUAAAAUUAAAUUUUAAAGUUUUGUACCACCCGGACUUUUGGCCGACCCAUUUCUAAUGCUACCUGUUAUUUUAGUACUGGUAAAUACCGUAGUGGUGCCUUCUACGCGAGCGAUAAACCGUAAAGCCGGAUGUACAUUUGUCUGACGUGUCGUGUUGUGUUGUGUCAGAACGGUAUCGGUUUCAUACAUUUAAUACGGUUAGAGUUACGUUAGCGUGUCGCAAUCUGACGUGACGGCUUGUGUUGUUUGUAUGAAACCCAUACCGUUCUGACGCCUCACGACACACGUCAGACUAAUCCGGCUUAACACAGAUUCAGAAAGUACCCUGUAAUGAAGAUAUGCAUCUGUCAAAUUUUUUUAUUCAAAAUUAUAUUUUACCUCGUUUGCACAACGUUCCUACAGUUUAAUGUGGGACCGAGCGUACGAGUAUACAAAUGUGUAUAUAUUAGAGAAUCGUUUAAGUUAAAUUUUAAUCUCGUUAUAGUAUUGCUCGACUUGUUCCAAAGCGCGUGCAAUAAUCUUUGACAACUACCUGUUUAAAAUGAAAGUAUAUUUUUAUACUAACGUCGUGUUGAUAUUGUAACUAGACUGGGAGCGCGAUUCUUUUUAAAAUAAUAUUCAUAUCAUUUUUUGAGUUCCAAGUAUUUCUAGGUAGAAGAAAUUAAUUAUUGUAGUAAAAAUUACGUUUACUUUGUAUACUGUCAAGUAAAGAUUAUAUUAAAUGAAAUAUGUAGGUAUAGUUAUGUAUUAUUUUCAACUUUCGUUGACUGACAUUGUAAAAUAAUU